AUGUCACGUACUUUAAAGUGUGAAUCUCUUAAAGAGUUAGACGUCAAUGAAUUAGCAAGAGAAAAUCCAUUCAUUAAGUUAGUCAAUAACCAAAGAAUAGUUGAGGUACCGGAAUUGAUCUUAGAAUCUGGUUUAAAGAUUAGAAACUUCCCCAUUGCAUAUAAGACCUGGGGUCAACUAAAUGCCACUGGUGAUAAUGUACUAGUUAUUUGUCAUGCUUUGACUGGAUCUUCAGAUGUGUCUGAUUGGUGGGGACCACUUUUAGGUAAUGACCUGGCAUUCGACCCAUCAAGAUUUUUUAUAAUUUGCUUGAAUUCUAUGGGGUCGCCAUAUGGUUCUUUUUCACCUCUAUCCUACGAUGAAGAGACUAACGAACCGUAUGGUCCAGAAUUUCCAUUAUGCACUGUACGUGACGACGUUAGAGCUCAUAGGUUAGUUCUAGAUUCGCUAGGAGUAAAAGCGAUUGCUUGUGUCAUUGGUGGCUCUAUGGGCGGUAUGCUAGCAUUAGAAUGGUCCACCAUUUAUGGUGAAGACUAUGUUAAAAACCUUGUUGCACUAGCGACUUCGGCAAGGCACUCUGCAUGGUGUAUUUCAUGGUCUGAAGCGCAAAGACAAUCUAUUUAUUCAGACCCUAAAUACUUGGAUGGUUACUACCCAUUAGAUGAUCCUCCUUUGUCGGGACUGUCCGCUGCAAGAAUGUCUGCCCUAUUAACUUAUAGAUCAAGAAACAGUUUUGAGAAGAAAUUUGCUAGAAAGACUCCAUCCCCAUGGCAGAAAGAAAAAUCUAGACAAGUAAAAAGAGCUGCGCAUUCCAUAAGUGAAAAAUCCUUACAGAUUCACAAUGAUGGUCAUAUAUCUUCGGAAUCAAAACGUCCCGGUAGUAUAAGUACGACUUCCUCAUUGAAUGAUUCAAACGAUGAGUCAAUAACGUCAUAUGGUUCUACAACUUCUUUGAGCUCCGUAACGGGGGAACUCAAAGAAGUGAAACCUGCACAGACGUACUUUUCUGCACAAUCAUACUUACGUUAUCAAGGAACAAAAUUCAUCCAUCGUUUUGAUGCCAACUCAUACAUUGCCAUAACGAGAAAGCUGGAUACGCAUGAUCUAGCACGUGAUAGAAUGGAAUACGAUGAAGACAUCGAAAAAGUUUUAAAUAGCAUCAAACAACCAACAUUAGUCAUAGGUAUCAGCUCUGAUGGCCUUUUCACCUUUUCAGAACAAGAAUUCUUAGCAGAUCACAUACCUAACUCCAGAUUAGAGAAGAUCCAGUCCCCAGAGGGCCAUGAUGCAUUCUUACUUGAGUUCAAACUGAUCAAUGAGCUGAUCAAGAAUUUCUUGAAGGAGAACUGUAAAACUAUAACGGAAUCGAGCCCAGUUAAAUGGGACUGCAGUGAUUUAAAUAACGAAGAAAUUAAAAAUUCUGUGUUCGGUGAAGCUGAAGAAGUCACCAACUGGUAG